AUGAGAGGAGUAGAAGAGAUACCCAGGGGUAGGCCUGCAAAUGUUUAUUUUUCAUCUUUAUACCAUGCAAACCCUAGCUUGGGGCGAAGCGAAAACUUGAAAAGGCCAUCAAACAGUGUCGAGAGUUCAAAACAAGAGGGAAUCAAUGAAAAUGGAAAAGAUUCACGACAGUCGAAUGGAUCGAAGCGUAAAAGAGUGAACUAUAAUGUUCAGCAGAUUCAAGCGGAGCAAUUUCUAACUGCACGCCCGAAAUCUAAGUCCAUAUCCGCCGAAUUUGAAAAUGAGAUGAUGAGCAACGGUGAGCCAUCAGAGGCAAAUAUAUCAAUAGCCGAACUGCGUAGGGCAACAAGAAGGUUUGAUGAGUUAAACAGAGAGAACUACAAUGAGAAUGUCAAAAUAGAGAUACCUAAGUCAGUAACAGGAUUAGUGAUCAACAGGACCUCAAAUGCAAGUCCAGCAGUGAAGAGGUUUUUGGUGUCCAAGAAAACAUGGAACAAUUAUAUGGAUGAAUUAAACAAAAGCGAAAUAAAGCUUAUAACUACUGGGAUCAGUCCGUUGGAGGUGAAACCCAAUAUGUUUCAACUUGAAAAGUUGUGUACGAUAUGUGGUGCUGUCAGUUACAGCUCUUGUAUUAAAUGUAGUUUACGUGUUUGCAGUGUUAAAUGUCAAAAUAUUCAUAAUGAAACAAGGUGUACACAUUUUUAA